AUGCAACCUUAUUAUGAAUUUUUUUCAAAUUAUUCAUCAUUAUCGUCUCGUGAAUCAAUAAUAAAUGAUGGUUUAAAAAUAUUUGAACAAUCAAAAAUUGAUCAUGAAUGGUUAAAAAAUUGGAUUAAAAUGAAACAAAAUCAAAAACAAUUAUCAUCUAAUCAAAUAACAUUAUCUAAUUAUCGUCAAAAAUUAAUUCAACAUGCUUAUCUUCUUCAACAAUAUAAAAAUGCUUUAAAAAAUUUUAAUUAUAAAAUAUUAUUUGAAUUAAAAAAUCAAAUUGAACAAUCAAAUUCUUUUAUAUAUGAUUAUAAUCAUAUUAAAAAUAUACAAAAACAAAUAAAACAACGAAAAUUAAAACGUUUACGUAUACGUCGUCAAAAAGAAAAAAAUAUAUCUAUUUCUAAUCAAAUUAAUAUUAUUAAAGAACAAUUAAUAAAUAAUAAAUCUUUAAUAGAAAAAAUUCAAGAUAUUAAUUUUAUAUUACAAACAAUUAAACAAUUAAAACAAAUAUAUGAAAAACGAAAACAAUCAAAUAUUAAUAAUACUAUAACAAUAUCAAAUAAUACAAAUAAUGAAUUAAUUGAAAUUGAAAAUAUAUGUACGAAUAAAUUAUAUGAAUAUAAAAAUGAAUUAGAAAAACAAACACAAUCAUCUUCUAUUGAAUUAUAUAAUUAUCUUUUUAAUAAUAAUAAUCAAUCAUUUUAUGAAUCAAUUAAUUCUGAUACAAAAUAUUUUUUACAAGCUCAUCAAAAUGUACAUAAUUUAGUACAAAUUCGACAAAUAUGGGAUCAAUAUUCAAGUACUCAUAUAAGUUCUUUAGAUAAUAUGAUUCCAUUUCAAUGGCAUGAACCACAAAUUCCUUCUGAUUCUAAUUGGGCUCAAUAUAUUUUCAAUAAAAAUAAAUAA